AUGUCUUUGAUUGAAAAUGAAAAAGUAGAAGAUGUUAAUAAUUAUUUAAAUGAAGAAAUUAAAAUAAUUAUUUUAGGGGCUGGACCGACAGCUUUGGGAGCACUUAAUCGAAUUUUUAAACUCAAAAAAGACAAACUAAUAAAUGAAAAUAUAAAUGUUUGUGUAAUUGAACAAGAAGAAGAAAUUGGAGGGUUGGCACGAAGUGUGAUUGAUGAAAAUGGUUUUUGUUGGGAUUUGGGUGUUCAUGUAAUGGGAAUUAGUAAAUACAAAAAUUUUGUUGAAGCAAUGGAGGAAUGUGUGACAGAAUGGGAAAUUAUACCUCGAUGUGCUAUGGCAGAAAUGUCCCAUGUUAUGAUAGAAAAUAAAAAAGAAGAAGAAAAUUUAAAUAAAAUUAAUUAUUAUAUUCCCUAUCCAGUUCAAAAUUCAAUUCCUUAUUUUCCCAAAAAUUUAAAAUUAAAAUGUUUGGAAGAAUUAAAUUUUAAAGAAAAAGAAGGAGAAAAAAAUAAUUGUUUAGCAACAAAAAUACCGGAAAAAGAAGAAAAUUUUGAUUCUUUUUCUCUUUCACUUUUUGGAGAAACUUUGCAGAAAAUAUUUGUUAGACCAUAUAAUGAAAAGGUCUGGACAGUCCCAAUUUCCGAAAUGGGAACUAGCUGGUUACAAGGCCGUGUUCCUUUAAUUGAUUUAUCACAAUUAAAACGUCGUUGUUCACUUUCUCACCAAAAAUUGUUAAUUGAAGAUGAAAAACGUCAAACAGCUUUUCGUUACCCUGCAAACUGUAAAGGGAUUGGAGAAAUGUGGAAACGUUUUUCUGAAAGAUUUCCCUCAAAAAUAUUUAAUUUUGGACAAAAAGUUGUGGAAAUUAAUUCAGAAACAAAAAAUAUUUUUUGUUUAGACAAAAAUGGAAAUAAAAAGGUGGGGGAACUAGUUAGUUAA